AUGAGUGAACAAGCAGUGGAAAAAACAGAGGCCAAGCUUGAAAAGCUUGACAUUAACGAGCAGAAACCGGAGAAAUCGGCAGAGAGUGCCAAAGCUCAAGAUGGUGCUGGAGAGCAUAAGAAAAGAAGAAAGAGAAAGAACCACCACAAGAAGAAGGCAGUGAGAGGAAUUUCCAAGAUUUUCCCAGAGGGUGUUUAUCCCGCCGGAGAGUGGCAGGACUACACGGGAAGUGAGGAGAACUUGAAGAGAAAGACAGAUGAGGAGAAGAGAUACCUCGAUAACAAGGACAAUGCCAAGUGGAACGACUUCAGAAAGGCAGCCGAGAUCCACAGGCGUGUCAGAAAAUACGCCAAGAACACGAUCAAGCCGGGAAUGACGAUGAUUGAGGUUUGCGAGACGAUUGAAAAUGCCGUGAGGAAGUUUUGCGAAACUGAGAAUUCCUUACAAGCAGGCAUGGGAUUCCCAUGCGGAGUCUCUUUGAACAACUGUGCCGCACACUACACUCCCAAUGCCGGAGACAAGACGGUGUUGGACUACAAUGAUGUGAUGAAGGUCGAUUUCGGUGUCCAUGUCAACGGAUGCAUUAUCGAUUGUGCCUUCACUCAAACUUUCAACCCUAGGUACGACCCAUUGAAAGAGGCAGUCAAAGAGGCCACAAAUGCCGGUAUCGAUGCCGCCGGAAUCGAUGUCAGGCUUACCGAUAUCGGUGAGGCUGUUGAGGAGGUGAUGGAAUCACACGAAGUCGAGCUUGACGGACACACUUAUCCUAUAAAGUGCAUCCGGAACUUGAACGGUCACAAUAUUCUUCCAUACAGGAUUCAUGGCGGUGUCUCCAUCCCUAUCGUGAAGAACGGCGACAACACAAAGCUUGAGGAGGGCCAGACUAUUGCCAUUGAGACGUUCGGCUCUACUGGUAAAGGUUAUGUUGACUAUACUAACGGUGAAGUUUCUCAUUACAUGAAGAAUGCCGAGCCUCCAGCCAACGCACCAAUCAGACUUGCCCGGGCUCGCCAGUUGCUGCACACCAUCAACAAGAAUUUCGGCACGAUUCCUUUCUGCAGAAGAUACUUGGACAGACUUGGAGAGGACAAGUACUUGCUGGCUUUGAGACAGUUGGUCAAAGUUGGACUUGUCACAGAGCACCCACCUCUUUACGAUUCAAGGGGCUCUUACAGUGCUCAGUUUGAGCACACUUUAUUGCUACAUCCAACCAGAAAAGAGGUUGUGUCAAGAGGUGACGACUACUAA